UAACUUGUUUAUCACUGUGUGUGUGCGUUUGUGAAUGUUCGUGUGGUUUUUGAUGAAAAAUUACCGACGACGCAAUUCAAAUAACUAAUCUAAUAGAUGUUGAUCUUAUGAAUUGCAAAUAGGAAUUGGACAAGAAAACAACAACAACAACAAAGAAUUGUAACAAGGAAAUUGGACAUUUGGUUUUGUGUCCCUUGUCAUUCAUUUCAUGUCUUGUUUUGUCACGUGUAAAGUUGUGCUAUUGUGAUUUCCGAACAAAGAGGACGAAAGAAAAGUGUGUUGUUUUUUGGUGAAACUUGAACAUGAAAGACGAAUUGGAAUUGUUUGGCGCCGAUGGAUCUGUGGAUACACAAUAUUCGCAUUUGAGUGUCACAAUGGAAACACCUUUACCGAUUGCGACUAUCUCGAAUGGUGCUGGCAUAGCCCUGCAGCGGGACGAUGAAUACCGGGAACGUAUGCUGCGAAUACGAAGAAUAACUGAAGCCGAUGCCAGUGAUAAGGCCUCAACAUUUGGCAAAGUCCUGCAAUAUUUGUCCAUUGUAUUGGUGAUUUUAACCGCCCCAUUCAGUUUAUUCGUUUGUUUUAAGGUUGUACAGGAGUACGAACGGGCUGUCAUUUUCCGUUUGGGUCGUUUGCUGCAGGGCGGUGCCAAAGGUCCCGGUAUUUUCUUUAUUCUGCCCUGCAUUGAUACCUAUGCUCGAGUAGAUUUGCGAACACGUACCUAUGAUGUACCACCACAGGAGGUCUUAACAAAGGACAGCGUAACAGUGUCUGUCGAUGCUGUGGUCUACUAUCGCGUAUCGAACGCAACCGUAUCGGUGGCCAAUGUGGAGAAUGCCCAUCACUCGACCAGACUGCUGGCCCAGACAACAUUACGCAACACCAUGGGCACGCGUCAUUUGCAUGAAAUACUCAGCGAACGCAUGACCAUAUCGGAGACAAUGCAGGUACAAUUGGAUGAGGCCACCGAUGCCUGGGGCAUCAAGGUAGAACGUGUCGAAAUCAAAGACGUACGCCUACCCGUCCAACUGCAGCGUGCCAUGGCCGCCGAAGCAGAGGCGGCACGUGAGGCUCGGGCAAAAGUUAUUGCCGCCGAGGGUGAACAAAAGGCAUCGCAUGCUUUGCGCGAAGCUUCCGAGGUAAUUGGCAAUUCACCGGCCGCUCUGCAAUUACGUUAUCUACAGACCCUGAACACAAUUUCGGCUGAGAAGAAUUCAACGAUUGUAUUCCCCUUGCCCAUCGAUAUGUUGACUUAUUUCAUGAAGAAUAGCGAGGCCAAAGCUUUGGCUGCCAUGGCGGAUGCCAUAACCAUGAAUCCACAAUUGCAACAGCAACAGUAAGCGAAUGAAUAAAACGGAAGAGCGGCAAAAGCAUCGUAUGAUGUGCCCUGCUUGUUUUCAACGAUCAUAUUUUGGGAAUAUAAAAAAUUAAAGAAAAAAAACAGGGAAUUUAUUUUUUCAAGUAAUUUGAAAUGUUUUUUGGAUGUAUUUGUCAACUUUUAUUAUUUAUUUAAAGUCAAAUGUAUUUUGUAACUUUUAGAUUCUUAUACGUACAUAAAAUGGUUUCAAAGAUGUGUCUUAAUAAAUUUCGAAAUAAAAACAUUA